AUGCAGAGGAAGAGCAGCUUCACUGGGCUCCUCAUCACUGCUCUGUGUGCAGUGGCCUCUGAUAAACUCAGAGAAUAUCACUAUGUGUCUGAACAGAAGACCUGGUCAGAGGCUCAGCAGUACUGCCGUGAGCACUACACUGACCUGGCCUUCAUCAGCAAUCAGGAAGAAAUAGAUCAGCUCUCUCCCAUUUCAAGAGGACCUGGAUUGGUUUGCACAGAGAUGCUAAUGACCCAACAGGAUGGACAUGGUCAGGAGGAGAGCAAUUCAAAUUUAGGUUUUGGAAUUCAGGAGAACCAAACAAUGCUGGUGGCAUUGAGGACUGUGUCAUGGUACAGUGGGAUAUGAGAUGGUUGGAUUUGCAGUGCUCCUAGAAACUCACCUUCUUCUGCUACAAGGAGAAGCUGAUCCUGGUUCAGGAGAUGAAGACGUGGAAGGAGGCUCUGGAGUACUGCAGGGAUCACUACACAGACCUCCACAGCCUGCUCUCUGAGACUGAGAAUCUCCAGGCCCAGAGCAAGAUGGAGGGCGCCCAGACCGACCACGUGUGGACGGGUCUGAUCUUCCUGGCCAGAGAGUGGCUGUGGGUGAACGGGGACCCCCUGGAGUACCAGGCCUGGUCCGGCAGGGUGCUGCCCCACUGCCCCGCCCAAUACCUCCACUGUGGGACCCUGACCAGAGAUGAAGAGCACUGGGGAACCAGGAACUGUGAGGAGAGGAGGAACUUCCUCUGCUACAGAGCGUGA